CGAUUAGUUGUCGUGGCGCGGAGAGGGCGAGGGAGAGGCACGCGCCGCUGACUGAGGGGGAGAGAAGUGCACGAGCGGAGCAGAGCUGAACAUCCUUCAGCUGCAGCCCGUACCGGUAGACGCGAGAGAACGGCGCGAGACACACACCAGCUUCACGCAACGCGACGCGACACGACACAACACUCCACGCCGCCGUUUUCGUUUCACACAAAGCGACACUCUUGCCCGCGUGGCGUGUUGUUUUGUUUCUCUUCUUUGUUUUUUUUUUAUUUUUGUUUUUUUUUGAGUUUCUUCCCCAUCCGUGGUGGAUUUAAAAAAAAAAAAGAGCUAAGUGAAGGUCCCAAGUCCACCCCGGCUUCCUUAGACGCCUUUCCGCGGUCUGUCACUCCGGCGGGAAGGACGGACGCUCCACCGGCCACAGUUCAUACAGAAUGAAGUACAGCUGCUGGAAUCUUUGAAUUGAGUGGAGCAAGUACAGAGAAGAAAGCCUGGUUUGAGGAAACACAACAAAAAAAAAGCAACAAAAAAAAAAGAGAGUCGAGGCCAUAAAGUCAUUUGGUGAAAGAAGAGAGCGAAGAAAGAAACGGGACAAUGGGGAGAAAAAAGAUUCAGAUCACGCGGAUUAUGGACGAACGCAACAGACAGGUGACAUUCACCAAGAGGAAGUUUGGACUGAUGAAGAAAGCCUAUGAGCUGAGCGUGCUAUGUGACUGUGAGAUUGCCCUCAUCAUCUUCAACAGCACCAACAAGCUCUUCCAAUACGCCAGCACCGACAUGGACAAAGUGUUACUGAAGUACACAGAGUACAACGAGCCUCAUGAGAGCAGGACCAAUUCAGACAUCGUGGAGACGUUGAGAAAGAAGGGCCUAAAUGGGUGCGACAGCCCCGACCCAGACGCAGACGAUUCAGUCGGUCACAGCCCCGAGUCUGAGGACAAGUACCGCAAAAUCAACGAGGACAUAGACCUAAUGAUCAGCAGACAGAGACUAUGUGCCGUACCCCCUUCUAACUAUGACAUGCCAGUGUCUAUCCCAGUGAGCAACCAGAUCUACAGCCACCCUGGAGGAUCCCUAGGCAACCAUAACCUGGUUCCACUAUCCCAUCACGGCAUACAGAGGAACAGCAUGUCCCCAGGUGUCACACACAGACCUCCAAGUGCAGGUGGUCUUAUGGGUGCCGAUCUCACCACAGGCCCUGGCACCAGUGCUGGUAAGGAUGGCAUCCCCACCUUCUACAGAAACGGCUAUGGAAACCACCGUAACUCUCCUGGAUUGCUGGUGUCCUCUGGGGGUAUGAACAAGAACAUGCAGGCCAAGUCGCCCCCGCCAAUGAACCUGGGCAUGAACAGCCGAAAGCCUGACCUGCGCGUGCUCAUCCCGCCAGGAACCAAGAACAACAUGCCUUCGAUCAAUCAGAGAAUAAACAACUCGCAGUCCGCACAGUCACUGGCCACCCCUGUGGUUUCUGUGGCAACACCCACUCUACCAGGCCAGGGCAUGGGCGGCUACCCAUCAGCGAUCUCCACCUCCUAUGGUACUGAAUAUUCUCUAAGCAGUGCCGACCUGUCAUCUAUAUCUGGCUUUAGCAGUGCCAACACCCUGCACCUGGGCUCAAUGAGUGGCUGGCAGCAGCAGCACCUCCAGAACAUGCAGCACUCUGCCCUCGGCCAGCUGGGAAAUUGCACUAGCUCUCACUUAUGUCAGGGUUCAAAUCUCUCCCUGCCCUCUACCCAAAGCCUGCACAUCAAGUCCGAACCUGUUUCUCCUCCUAGAGACCGCUCCAGCAGCGCCACGCCUGGCGGCUAUGCCCCGCCCCCUUCCCAUCCGCAGCAGCACCAGGCCCAACCCCCGCAACAGGCUCCGCCCCCGCAGGGCCGCUCGCCAGCCGACAGCCUGAGCAGCGAGGGCAGUGAGCGCGAUGAGCACCGGCCCGACUUCCACUCGCCCCUUGGCAUGGGCCGGCCCGUCCUGGACGAGCGCGACAGUCCGUCUGUCAAGCGAGUCCGCCUUUCUGAGGGCUGGGCCACAUGAUAAGCCACGCCCCCCCACCUCAACAGCCCCCACACUUGACCUCGGUCCAUCAUCACAUUCACACGUUUUCUCAAUCUGCUCUGAUGAAUCGCAGCCCUCCAAGCUCUGUGAAGUCACACACAAUGUAAACAGACAGGAGGGCUUUUCUUCAAUUUACUUGUUUUUCACGCUCUUCUUCAAAGAGUGUCAAAUGUACAUGUUGUCGUGAUUGAUGGGUGUCAGGGAGGGAAAGGGAGGUAGGGGCUAGCAUUAGAGGGUUAAGACAGGGUUUUAGCGGGUGGGGUUACUAUGCAUAACUUUUGCUGUGUGUGGAUUUGACUUUCAAGACUUAACCAUAUAUGCAUAUAUAUUUACACGUGUGUGUAGGUGUACAUAUAUGCAUAGUAACAAAAAAAAUCGUCAGGUACUCUCGAAUUUUUUUGUAAAGGUAUUUACAACUUUCCUCAGCGACAUUCAGCCAUGGGAGAAGCUCAGCUGAGGGCCAGCGCCGACAGGCUAGCACUUGAGUUGCUCUUUGUGUACAGAUUUAGUUCUCUUCGCCACUCUCUGCAGAAUGUUCCCUCGCUAAAUGUAUGUUAUGAUUGACAAAGUCAUGUUGCAGGUUCAACGUAUUGUACAUAGAGGGCGGGCGGGGACAAGGGGGACGGGUCGAGGUUGCCAGACAUUGAACAUUGAACUCAAACGGAAGCUUUUAUGCAAGAUUUUUUUGGAAGGAUUGUACAGAUGUACAGCCCCUUAGGCUUUAGUCAGGGAGAAGGAGUAUUUUAGAACCUCUGAUGAAUCAAGCGCUUUUUUUGAAGAAAUGGGAGUUAUUCGCAAAAAUGUCAGUAGAUGAAGGACCAUACCGUAAAUUAAGAGCCAUGUUAGUUUAUUCUGAUGAAAUCACACACCUAGGACUUGCUUUAAAUGUUCAGUAUUAAAAAAAAAAAAAAAAAAAAAAAAAAAAAAAACACAAGAAAAAGAAACAAUUGUAUGAUACUCUUGCUUAUAUUUUCAUAUAAAAAGGAAUACAAUGCAAAGCAUUUUUGUGGCGUUUUGUAGUUUAUAUAAACCAGAAUGAGUUUUGAAAGCUUUGCCUAUAUGAAAAAUGAUAGUUGUAUAAGAGUGAUUAAUCUUGGGCUUUUCAAAACUAAGCCAUGACAUCUGAGAACCCUUGCUUUGCUGAUUUUUUCCCCUUCAUUUUGUAGAGUUUUUUUUAAUGUGUAUUUCUAAUAAUAUUGAAUAAUAAUAUUAAGAUUCUUUUAAAUAUCUGUGAAAUUAACAUGCUUGUGUAUAGCUUUCUAAUAUAUAAAUAUAUAUGAUAAUUAUGGUCAUAACAUUUUUUGUCAGUGUGAGAUUACAUAAGUACAGAUGUUUGUUUUGUCUUUUUUUUUUUUUCUUUUCUUUUUGCUCCAUACUGAAUCUUUCACGGAAAUCCCAGUAAGAACAUUAGAUUCAGUGUAAAUGACACAAACAGCAAUUGUCAUGAAUAUCUAGUUUUGGAAAGAUACACAUCUUUGAGUAGUAAUGGUAUAAUGACACUCAGGUGAAGAACGUGUAUGCUCCCAAAGUAAGCACACUUACUAUCAGAUAUAUUUGCUGACAGUAAAAUUCCCAUUUUGCAGUAAUAAAAAUCCUGUUCACUUACAUUUAUAGCAGAAUUGAGCAUUUCUUGUUGCGAUAGCAGUGGUCAGCCUGCUUGUGUUUAUAUAUAACUUUCAGUGAGCACAAGAUAUUUAUCCCGAUGUGUGCUUUGGUUGGGAAGAAGCACAACCUUUCUGAAAUGACAAACCUUUAGUCUGUGAACCAAAGCAGAUGCUGUUUCAACUCAAAACAAGGAGUCGAUAGUUUCACUUGAAUUGACAUUGCACUGAAAGAUUUAAAAGAGUUAAUGGGUUGGGGGUUUUUUUGACUAAGGGAUAUAUCAUGUUAUUAUGGGUUCAUGGUUAUGAGGAGGCAUAUGUUGUGAAUCCUUGAUCACAUGUGUUUUGCUAAUUUGUCCCAUUACAUUAGCACAUUUACCCGUUUCCUCUGAUCAUACUGAGAUCACGACAGCGUCAUCGUUUUGAUUUCGCAUGAAUCAGAGACUGGACAUUUGUUGAAACCUUUUCUACCAAAGACAUGGAGCAGUGUUAUCUUGGCUUUGUUAUAUUCCAUUCUCUUUGGGAUUUGAGAAGGUCAUAUUUCUGAAUAUGUUGUUUUGCUUUAUGUAAUUUACAAUAAUACUGGUACCUCAUAUUCACCCUCACAGUACCUCAAAAUACCAUUCAACCAAUUCUGAUGAGGAAUGGGCUGGGGGAAAAAAAAAAGAAAUAAAAACAAAACAAAAUUUAUUUAAAAAAAAAAAAAAAAAAAAAACAAGAAGAAAAAAAUAAUCAUAAGAACCUAACAAAUGUACAGUAUUGUGACUCAGUAUGCCAUCGUUUCUUCUAUAAAAUCUCGCAUUAUGUACACAUAUGACUCCCUGGUUCACCCGUUUUGGUUUGCUGUUCUUUUUCCUUAAAAUAUUGUUUCCAUUUAAAAAAAAAUGCAAAUAACAAAAAAAAAAAAGUUACAAAAAAAAAAAAAUGUAGUAACAAAUGUAGCUUGUAUAAACCUACAUUGGUAUGGUGGAAAGGAAGUGUGUUUCUCUCUUUUUGUUUUCCUUUUUAUUUUUUUUAUUUUUAUUUUUUCAAACCAGGAGAAAGAGGCUUUCAGCGGCAUAAGCUGGACUUUGUCGCCACUUGAAGACAAGAUGUCAUUAAAUUAAAAAAAAUCACAUCUCUGUAUCUCAAGGGACUUGAUUCAGCUGUAUGUAGUGAAAAAUUAAUGUAUGGAUAUUAAAAAAAAAAAAUCAUUUUCUCCUGCUGGGAUUCAAAAAGGUAUUUGUAUUUUGCAGAGAACUCAGUAAAGUUACUGGCUUUCUUAGUUA